AUGCCUGCUUCGCAGUUCUCUCACACCACAAUUUUCUAUGUGGCACAACAGGAGACAAACCACGCAGGCGGCAGUCUGCGAGGAUACAAGGAUGGUCCGGUGCCAACUGAGGGACGGGGACAUUUUUCCGUUGCCAAACACAUUCGCUGGGGCGGGGGAAGUGGGCUAUUUUCCACAAUUGGAGGUGGUCGUCCACCACUUGGGGAGAAGGGAAAGUUGUGGAUUCUCUCACUCCCCCAGCUCAACAAUGACCCAACUUUUAUGGCUUUUCGUCAUCGUGAUGUAUCCAGCAUUCAUUCAAGGGCAUCUUCUGACAUCCAUCCACCCAUCAUCCGGCUAAAUCAAACAAACAAAUGGAGAGAAUGUGCUCUCAUUGUCUAUCAAAUGACUGCUCUGGCGAGGGCGCAGAUGAACAGAACCACUAUACACUACACCCGAGCCAAUACACAUUCCUCCACUCAACUAUCAAUUUAUCUGUCUUUCAUGUCUCACUCUCAAUUGACUCUUGUGACUCUCGUGACGACCCGAGGCCAGGCGCCUCGGAUCACGGAGUAUCCCACCGACACAACUGUGGCGCGCCACGAUCCGGCGACGCUCAACUGCAAGGUGCAAGGCACUCCGACGCCCACCAUCCAGUGGUACAAGGACGGAGUGCCGCUGAAGAUUCUGCCUGGAUCGCACAGGCUCUUUCUGCCCGCCGGCGGACUGUUCUUCCUCAAAGUCGUCAACUCGCGGCGGGAGAGCGACAGCGGCGUGUACUGGUGCGAGGCCAGGAAUGAGUUCGGCGUGGCCAGGAGUCGCAAUGCCACUCUUGUGGUUGCAGUCCUCCGUGAGGAUUUCCGUUUGGAGCCGCAGAACACACGGGUGGCCCAAGGUGACACCGCACUCAUCGAAUGUGGACCGCCGAAGGGUACCCCGGAGCCCCGCGUGGAGUGGCGCAAGAACGGCCAGCGAGUGGAGUUGGAGAAUUCCAAGAGGAUUCGCAUUGUCGACGGCGGAAACUUGGCCAUUCAGGAUGUUCGACAGACGGACGAGGGACAGUACCAGUGCGUGGCGAAGAAUGCGGCCGGCACGAGAGAGUCCACGGCAGCAUUAUUAAAAGUUCAUGUGAAACCGUUCCUGAUCCGCGGACCCACAAGCCAAGUCGUCGUCGAGGGGCAGGCGGUGACGUUCCAGUGUCGCGUCGGCGGGGAUCCAAUGCCAGACGUCCUUUGGCGUCGCUCUGCAGCCGGUGGAAACAUGCCGCUUGAUCGGGUGCACAUCCUGGAGGACAGGAGCCUGCGUCUCGAGCGCGUGACGGUGAAUGAUGAAGGCGAGUACAGUUGCGAGGCCGAUAAUGCUGUGGGUUCGAUAACGGCCACCGGAACACUCACUGUUCACUCUCCUCCAGUAUUUACUGCUCGUCCAACUGCUCAAUCCGCGGACGUGCCGGGGUCUGUGUCUUUCGAGUGUUGGGCGACGGGAAUUCCCACACCCACAAUGUUCUGGUCAAUUGAGGGCAAUAGAUCCCUGAUAUUCCCAGGACAGCGUCUCGAUCGCUUCGAGACGACUUUCACUGCCGAAGGAGUCAGCGUUCUGACUCUGCCGCAGACAAGGCGGACGGACAAUGGCAUCAUUGUGAUCUGUAGUGCCCUCAACAGCGUGGGGUCCAUCACUGCUAAGGCGAAGCUCAUUGUGAACUCGGUGGAGGACAAUCCGCCGCCCAUCAUUAUCCAGGGUCCGGUGAAUCAGACUCUGCCCGUGAAAUCCGUGGCUGUGCUCGUGUGUCGAUCAAGUGGCGUUCCCACGCCAGUGGUGUCCUGGUACAGAGACGGAAUACCCGUCGUCACAUCGCACAAGAUCAACAUGACGGAGUCCGGCACACUGACCAUAUCAGAUCUCAACAGGAAUGAGGAUCAGGGCCUGUACACGUGUGUGGCGAGCAGCCGCAAUGGGAAGUCCACGUGGAGUGGCUUCCUGCGGCUCGAGCAGCCCACAAAUCCCAAUAUCAAGUUCUUCCGGGCACCAGAAGCUGCCACUUUCCCUGCGGCGCCGAGCAAACCGCUCAUAGUCAACGUCACGGAUGAAUCUGUGACUAUAUCGUGGAUUCCGGGCGGAAAGACAGGCGCUUCCGAGCUUCAAGGCUACACAGUGGAGAUGUUCAGCAGUAAUAUCAGUCGCGGCUGGAUUCCGCUGGUGCAGCGCCAUCCGGACACCACGUACACCCAGUAUUCUCUCACCCUGGGUGCCACUUACGUCUUCAUCGUGCGCUCCGAGAACUUCCACGGGCUCUCGCCGCCCAGUCCAAUGUCGGAUCCAAUUGUCGUGGGUGGCAAGGCGCUCGGUGCCGAAGAGGACAUUGGACUGAGUGAGGCGCAGGCAAUUCUGUCGUCUGGCAAUGUGGUCGAGCUGCUCGAGGCGAAUGCCACUGAUGCCACGAGUGUACGGCUCUCCUGGGAGAUUAUAAACGGCCAGUACGUGGAGGGCUUCUACAUCUAUUCACGUGAAACUGUGUCCAAUGGGACGUACAAGAUGCUGACGGUGUUGCACGGUGGCGGAGCGUCCGCAUGCACGAUGACCGGCCUGAAGAAGUACCAUCAAUAUGAGUUCUUCAUUGUGCCCUUCUACAAGACAGUCGAGGGACGCCCAUCGAAUUCACGUACGACUCGCACGCUGGAGGAUGCCCCAAGCGCCCCGCCAGAACACAUAGAGGCGAUUUUAUUGAAUGCGACAGCUGUGUAUCUGAAAUGGCAUGCACCUCACAACGAUACAAUCAAUGGCAUUCUUCUCAGCUACCAAAUCAUUGUCAGAGGCUUUGAUUCACACAACCUGUCGAAAAUACUUACAAACAUCACAAUAGACGCGAAGACACCAUCACUCCUGCUGGCGAACCUCUCUGCCGGGGUGACAUACUCGGUGAGUGUGUCAGCAGGAACGGGAGCGGGAUUUGGACCUUUUAGCCCACCGGCCAUUCUCCGGCUCGACCCACACUCCCGCCGCCUCGACAAUAGCUUCACAAGAUACUCAAUCAAUCACAACUUAUCAGAUGACAUCCUUACGCAGACGUGGUUUAUUGUCCUGCUGGGAUCAAUAAUCGCCAUCAUCGUAUUCCUCUUUGGAGCCAUGGUAUUGUUUAAGCGGAUUCAAUUUAUCAAGCAAACAUCAUUGGCCUCAAUGCACGGAAAUCACGCAAUCGGAACUGUAAGAAAAUUCCCCACGCUGCCACUUAACACGGGCGGCGGGACGGGCGCCGGCGGAACAGCCACGGGCGGCGGCGUGUGGAUAGAUCCUUCCGGUGGCGUGUGGCGUCAUGCGAAGGAUGGGAUACCCGAUUAUGCACAAAUAUCAGCCACCCAAACGCUUCCGCUGCCAGACUACGAGAGGCUCACGCCGCUCAAUAUGCCGGACUACGCGGAAGUGGCGGGAGUGUCGUCGUUCAAGCACCCAAAGUCACCACUGUACGAUAGUUGUGGCGCUUAUGCGACCACCUCGCUCAUUGGCUCCACCAACAUAUACCACCAGAACCGGCUGGAUGCCAAGAGCAAUUCUAUCUACUCGGCGCCCACGAGUUGCCACUACGGCGUCAACGAGGGUCUGCCGUACGUGGACGCGGCCAAGAGCCACGCCGGCGUGCUGCAGCGCAACGGAAGCCACAACAGACUCAUGAUGAACAUCACGGAGAACCGCCUAAACCUCAUCAACAAUCUCAGCCGGCCCUCUACGUCCGCCGCCGUGCCUCAGACGCCCAUGCUGGGCACCAUGCGCCGCAACCGGCUGAUGAAGCUCAGCCAGGCCAGCGACGGCCGGCGCGUGGCCGACGGCUCCUGGACGCCGUCUCCCGGUGCCAUGGACGCCAACCACCACUUCAUCCAGGCGAUGGGCGAUAAGAACAGCUCGCAGGGCUAUUUGAGCAGCUUCGGCAGGACGGACAAUGUGUAGAGCGCGUCCAUUACGCCCCCAACACUGUACAUAGGCGCCCAUUAAAUACACAUUUGAGCAGUGUAUUUAAUUACCGGCAGGAGUGCGAGUGAGACGGCCGCUGGCCGAGAUGUAAUGAUACAAAUUGUAUGAUUUAUGAGUGAAUACGGUUCCUAAAACAACCAUCCGAACAGAGAAAUUUCCCGGCAAACUUGCGAGAGACACACACAAACUUUUUCAUCUUAAUGGACUGAUAAUGUGCUGGAUAUAUCUGCUUUCUGCUGUGUUUGCGAGAGUGGCAGGGGAGGAAAAGUUCAACUCUCUGCCCCGCAAUUGCUUUCAUCUCUGACCUCUGACUGGGAGAAUUAUACUUUAGCCCUCAUUUUCCACCUCAAAAGAACGCACUUUUGUAUGUUUGAGAGAAAAUAAGACUCUUCUCGCUGUACUAACAUAUUUUAUACCUGAAUCUAUGGUUAGGAUGGCCGCGAAUUGUGUGCGAGGAACACAGUGAGUAUUUCUAUAAAUUCAUUGAUGAACUUUGGCUGUAGAUGACUUUGUGUUUCUCUGAUUUGAUAAGAUUGUGGAAAGUUUGAUUUUUUUAGGGCAUACGUGAAAAUAUAAUAAAAAAAUGUACGAUUAGGGAUUUUGAGAAUUUUCUUCUUAUUCAAUUUUCUUCAAUAUGUUAUUUUCAAAAGGUUUUUUUUUGGAAUGUUAUGAGUUGAAUUUUACGCUGGAUUCCUGCACACAAUGCGCUAUAUUAUUGUUAUGAAAGAAUGUGGCUCAAUUGUUUAAGAUGUAAAAAGACAUGUUUAGAACAUAAAUACCUACAUAAUCAUUCGCAGAGAUGGUGUAAAAUGCAUAUAUCUAAUAAAUUGUCGACUUUAUAGAGACUAAUCAUGUACAUAUAUUCUUCUGUACUCAAUUCUUAUACAAAGAAAAAACUUUAUACUUGAGAGGGAAGUGAGAAACGUAUCCUAAAGUAUUCUAAUUGUAAUUAUAACUAAUUAUUCCCGUGGACGGAGCAUUAAUUGUGGUAACUAAUUUCUAUUAGAAGCGAAAUUGGAAGUGACGGAAGAGCAUCAAGAAAGGGGCCUAUUUGGGAUCGCGACGCUGUCGCCAAAUAUUUGCGUGCCAAGAAAGGACGAAAAAGUGCGAUGAAAAAAGAAAAAUCGACAUGACACAAAAGAUGCUGCGAUGGUGAAACGAAUGGAAAUGGCUAGAUAAAUAAGACUGAACGUACUAAUAAUUAAAUUAUUUAACCCAUUCCACAAUCUGAAAAUGAAAUAAAUGGAGAGAGUCCUUUUCGUAUUUAUACGCACCCUCGGGCACUUGAACUCCCACCGACGUCAAAGGAUCCGGCGACACACUCCACAAUGAAGUUUAUGUGGACACAGACUGUGUGCCCCCCCUUUUGGCAUUUCAGCAAAAUACUCUUUUGGUUUUUCAAGUGCACAACCGUCUAGCAAAUAUGAAAAUACUCCAACCACUGGAAAAAUGCCACUUGAAACUGCCCAUGAACUCUGGAGAAGUUCCAUUAGCUAAAUUAAUUGACGGGAUUGCUGGAGGAAUGCCACAAUCUCUCUCCCUUCUGUUGCAGAUAACUUCGCCACAUUCUUGAUAGAAUUGUCACACUUGAAAUUUAAUCACUUUUUCUGUUUUCCACCCCUGGAAUUUCACAUGAGAAGGAGAUACUCUUUUAUAAACAGCUACCUCUUAAAUUAUAAUGUAAUUCCUACUUCCCACGAAAAAAGAGAUAAGAAAAAAACUUCAGGAAUACACUUUUAUAUGGAAAAUAUAGAAGAUUUUGCGAGAUGACAUGGAAAUGACGAUUUAGAAAACGUUUCACAUUAAUUGUACGGAGAGAGAGUAAGAAAAGAAAAUUCACAGAAUGAUGAGAAAGCAAAGAAAAGUAAUUACAGAUCUGGUUGCGGAAUGACAAAGCAAUUCUGUGCUUUGUAAAAGCCAAAAGAUGAACCGCUAUUUGCAAUGCGGAUCUGUUUGAAAAGUUCACGCGAGACGUUGCGAAUGUAGACGAGAGAAUUUCCUGCAGAAUCCAUGUUAUAAAAUACACAAGAAAUCUCUAUAAAAAUGUGCCAUUUUCUCACAAAAAUAUAAAUACUAAUACAUAGUAAUAAUAAUAAAGCAGUACGUGUGUCAUUUGAUAUGAAAAAGCAGAAGAUAUAAAUGGGGAUGAAGAUGGAAAGCACAUAUGAGAAAAUAGCUGGAAGAGAGUGAACGGGAAAGAGGAUGAGGAAAAAAGAAUAUAUAGAAAUUUGUAAUUUAACCGUCCAACUCAUAUCGAAUAAAUAUUAAAUAGCA